AUGCAGUUCAAGUCCCUUCUCCCCACCCUCGCCAUUCUGGCUUCCACUGCUCAGGCAUGGAACCGUCUUGAUAAGGACAACGCCGCCCUUUUGAUCAUCGAUCACCAAGUCGGUCUCACCCAGCUCGUGCGCGACAUCGGCACCAACGACUUCCGCAACAACAUGCUGGCUCACUCCGCUCUGGGCAAUAUCUUUGACCUGCCCACCGUCCUGACCACCUCUUCGGACACUGGCCCCAACGGUCUCAUGCUCAAGGAGAUUCUUGACAUGCACCCCAACUCCACUCUGGUGCAGCGCCAGGGCGAGGUCAACGCCUGGGAUAACAAGGCGUUCCGGGAAGCCGUCAAGGCGACUGGCAAGAAGCAGUUGAUUAUCGGCGGUAUCGUUACCGAAGUUUGCACCGCCUUCCUGGCUCUCUCUCUCAUCGAUGAGGGAUACGAGGUCUUCGCCAACACCGAGGCCAGCGGUACCUUUGACGUGAAGCUCGCUGAGGACGCCAACCGCCGCAUGGAGAAGGCCGGUGUCACUCUGACCGGUUUCUUCGGCAUCGUUUGUGACCUCAUGCGCGACUGGCGUUCUAAGCCCGGUCUCACCGAGAUCCUGCCCUACCUUGACAAGUACCAGUUCGCGUACGGAUUGGCUGCCCGCCACCACGCCGGAGCGUUGACCAACGGAACUCUGGCCCCUGUUGAGGAGCUGUUGAUCUAG